UUUUUCUGGUCAUUUACUCCCCCUCUCCCCCUCCUUCUCCCUCCCUCUCUCUCUCUCUCGCUCUCUCUGUCUGGUUUGACUCGCUUUCUUUUUCUCUCUCUGUCAGUGAACGAGCUGAACUCCAGCCUGAGCUGUGAGCAGAGAGGGAGCGAUAAGGAGCCGGCUGUGGGAGCACUGACGGAGCUGCCACCUUGCAGGAGAGAGGCUGCGGGGACGGAGCGAAGCAUCAUUUCCCUCGGCUCCAAUGAACGCGUGAGGAAGAGAGCCUCAUCUCGUCUGCAGGGACUUGAGAUUUGCACAAGUACGGACUCUUCAACGUCAAUCCAAGAAGACCGGCCUCUUCUCAAAGGUUUAAACUGAAAUCCACUUUAAUAUAUCCACGUCUAGCAUGGGUACGAGAGGCCUUCUGGGCUGCCUCCUCAUAGCCGCCUUGCUCGGCUCAUCGCAUGCUGGGCUCGUGAAGAAAAUCCUGCGGCAUCGACGGCAGACCCUGACGCCCCCUGAUGAGCACAACGUCAGCCUGCCCAGUGCGGACCACCCUGUGGUUUUCAACCACGUCUACAACAUCAACGUCCCCGCCAGCUCUCUGUGCUCGGUGAACCUGGACGAUCCGGAGGGCACGCAGCCGCUGCUCCCCAACGAUGCCCCGGCCUCUCUGGGCCGUCGGGUCGACGAACACACGGUGGACGGGGACAACCAGAUCGUCUUCACCCAUCGGAUCAACAUACCGCGGCGGGCCUGUGGAUGUGCGGACGACCUGCCGGGCCUCAAAGACCUCAUGAGCCGGCUGGAGAUGCUGGAAGGAGAAGUCUCAGCUUUGAGGGAUCAGUGCAGUGUGGACGGGGGCUGCUGCGGCGCACAGGUCACAGGUGAUGUGGGAACUAAACCGUACUGCAACGGUCAUGGGAACUACAGCUCUGAAUCCUGCGGCUGUGUGUGCGAGCCCGGCUGGACGGGACCCAACUGCACUGAACCCGAGUGUCCCGACAACUGCCAGAACCGAGGCCGCUGCUCGGACGGAAAGUGCGAGUGCUUCAAAGGCUUCGGCGGAGAUGACUGCGCGCUCCAGGUCUGCACCGUGGACUGUGGAGAACACGGGCAGUGCGUUGGGGGUGUUUGCGUCUGCUCGGACGGUUACCUGGGCAAUGACUGCUCUCAGACCGAGUGCCUCAACAACUGCCGGGGCCGCGGCCGCUGCGAGGACGGAGAGUGCGUGUGCGAGGAACCGUGGACCGGCUCGGACUGCGCCGAACUCAUCUGCCCCAAAGACUGCUACGACCGCGGGCGGUGCGUGAACGGGACCUGCUACUGCGACGACGGGUUCGCCGGGGAAGACUGCGGGGAACGCACCUGUCCGCACGAUUGCAACGGCAACGGUUUCUGCGUGGACGGCCGCUGCGUCUGCAUCGCCGGCUUCAGCGGGGAUGACUGCGCCCAACUCACCUGCAUCAACGAUUGUAACGACAGGGGGACAUGCUUCAAUGGCGUGUGCAUCUGUGAUGCCGGUUACCAAGGCGAGGACUGCAGCCAGCUGGCGUGCUUGAAUAACUGCAACCACAGAGGCCAGUGUAUCAACGGGCAGUGCGCCUGCGACGUUGGCUUCGUGGGCGACGACUGCUCCGAGCUCUCCUGCCCGAGCAACUGCCUGAACCGCGGCCGGUGCGUUAACGGCCAGUGCGUGUGCGAGGAAGGCUUCGCCGGCGAGGACUGCAGCAUCAGGACCUGCCCCUCGAACUGCUACGGCCGCGGCGAAUGCGUAGACGGACGCUGCAAGUGUCACACGGGCUUCAUGGGCACAGACUGCGGCGAGCUGAGCUGCCCCAACGACUGCCAGAGCCGCGGGCGCUGCGUCGACGGGCAGUGCGUUUGCGACGAGGGCUUCACCGGGGAGGACUGCGGUCAGAAGGCGUGUCCCAACGACUGCCUGGGCCGCGGUCACUGCGCCGACGGGACGUGCGUCUGUCGGGAAGGCUACUCAGGAGAUGACUGCUCCGUGCUCGCGUGUCCGGGUAACUGCAACAGCAGGGGGCGCUGCGUCGAUGGGAAGUGCGCUUGUGAGAGCGGGUACCGAGGAGAGAGCUGUGCAGAGCUGAGCUGCCUCAACGACUGUCAGGACCAAGGUCGCUGCGAGGACGGCCGGUGCGUCUGUGACGAGGGAUACAUCGGAGACGACUGCUCAGAAGUGUCUCCUCCAAAGGACCUGACAGUCAGCGAGGUCACCAGUGACACGGUGGACCUGGCCUGGAACAACGAGAUGCUGGUCACUGAGUACCUCGUGACCUUUGUGCCCACCAGUCCCGGCGGUCUCCUCCAGGAGUUCACCGUGUCAGGAGAUAAAACAGCAGCCACAGUGAAAGAGCUGGAACCGGGACUGGAGUACCUGAUCAGCGUCUACGCUGUUCUGAGCAACAAGAGGAGCGUCCCCAUCAGCGCCCGGGUCGCUACAGAUCUUCCACAGCCAGAGGGUCUCAUCUUCAAAUCAGUGAGAGAGACCACGGUGGAGGUGGUGUGGGACCAGCUGGACUUCCCCUUCGAUGGCUGGGAGAUCUAUUUCCGCAACACGAAAGAGGAAAAUGGAAAAGUCUUGAGCACCGUUUCAAGCUCCCAGAACCAGUUCCUCCAGUCGGGCCUCGGACCGGGCCAGGAGUACGAAGUCUCCCUCAACAUAGUCAAGAAUGACACCAGAGGACCCCCGACAUCCAAAAGAGUUACGACCAGGAUUGACGGCCCCCGGCAGGUGGAGGUGAAGGAUGUCACAGACUCCUCCGCUCUGAUUGGAUGGUCUCAGCCGCUGGCUCCAGUGGACAGAAUCACCUUGUCUUACGGGCCCGGCUCCGCCCCCUCAGAUAAAACCAGCGUGGAGGUUCCUCCUCCAGACAAGCAGUACAGCAUCGACGGCCUGCAGCCCGACACCGAGUACAGCGUGUCGCUCACUUCAAGGAGCGGAGACGUCAGCAGUGAUCCUGUCCUGACCACAUUCACUACAGCCCUGGAUGGUCCCAGAAACCUGCAGGUCGUUUCCCAGACAGAGGACAGCAUCGCUCUGGAGUGGACGAACAGUCGAGCCGACGUCGGCAGCUAUCGAGUGAAAUUCAGCCCCAUCUCUGGAGCGAGCCACGGCGAGGAUCUGUUCCCACGAGGGCCGGGAGAAACCACCGGAGCUACUAUCACAGGGCUGAAGCCGGGGACGGAGUAUGGGAUCGGAGUGACUGCUGUGAAGAAUGAGAGAGAGAGCCUCCCUGCUACAACCAACGCAGCGACUGACAUCGACCCUCCCACUGAUUUCGAGGAAGUGGAGUCCACAGAGACGUCCCUCACCUUGAGGUGGCGGAAACCGGAGGCCAAGGUGGGCGCCUACAGGCUGGUGUACGCCACCGGAGACGGCCUGAUCGAGAUCGAGGAGAUCCCGGCCGCGGCGACGAGCCACGUUCUCACCGGCCUGACUCCUGGGAUGAGCUACACCCUCACUCUGGCUGCAGAGAGAGGUCUCAAGAGGAGCUCGCCCGUCACAAUAUCUGCAUCCACAGCCUCUUUCACAUUUUAUUUAGCUGACUCUGACGACCGUGAGCUAACGACUCCUACAGGCGCCGAGGACAAUGUCAUUAGCUUUUCAAAUUUAGAUCCCUCUGAGCCUCGCUUCUCUGGGGCGGAGCCUGAGGACGAGCUCGGAGCGCUGACGAUUUCGGGCGUCACGCCUGAAGGAUUUGACCUCUCGUGGAAACUGAGCGCUCGCACAGUUUAUGACGGUUUCACAGUCGAGUAUACAGACACACAGGGACUGUCAGACGUGAGAGAGAUUCAACUUCCUGGAGAUGCCACUGCCUCUAGAAUCCAAGGCCUUGAGGCAUCAACAGAAUAUCAAAUAAAACUCAGUGGAAUAAGCGGUAGUCAAAGAUCUGCACUACUUGAAGCGGUUGCAGUUACAGCAACCAAGCCUACCUCUCCUGACGUGCUAAUGCUGAGAAUCAAAAAUGCCCAAACGACCCCACAAACUGCUCGGGAUACUCAACAAACUCAAACCCCAGAACCCCUUAACACUGAGGCCCCUCCCACAACAGAGGCCCCUCCAAUUUCAACAGCUCCUCCCACACAUGUGGCCCCUCCCAUUGCAGAGGCUCCUCCCACACAUGUGGCCCCUCCCAUUGCAGAGGCUCCUCCCACACAUGUGGCCCCUCCCAUUUCAGAGGCUCCUCCCGCUUCUGAUUCUGAUGUAAUGAGCUCUGGGGCUGAGCCUGAGAGCUCGAUCUUGGAUGUAGUGAGAAACCUCACAGUCAAUGUUUCCUCCUCUAGCGUCAGCCUGAUGUGGUCGGCGCCCGAUGAGGCGUUCGAUAGCUUUUCGGUCGAGGUCAGUGCUUCAUCAAAAACUCACCUGACCUCACUGCCAGGAAAUAUAAGGAAGGCUGAAAUCGAGGGUUUGACGCCCUCAACACAAUAUAAUAUAACAUUACAUGGGCUGGUGGAAGGGAAGAGAUCUUUACCUCUCACAGUUUUUGCCACAACAGCUGAGCUGAAGCCCUCGGUGGUGAACCUCACCAUCUCUGACAAAACAUGGGACGGCUUCACUGCGUCCUGGCGCCCCGUCGAUGGGGAAUUUGAGACCUUUGUCAUUGAGGUAACAAACUUGGAGAAUUUCGCAGAGAGCCAGAACCUCACUGUGUCCGGAGACGCUCUCAGUCUGGGCAUCUCGGGGCUCAAUCCCAACACCAGCUACAUGGUUGGCCUGUUUGGGAUGCAUCAGGGCUCCUUCCUUGAACCACUGUACAUUGAAGCCACCACAGAGGCCGAGCCGGAGGUGGAGCAUCUCUUCGUCUCAGACGUCACGGCCGACGGUUUCCGCGUGUCGUGGGCGGCCAACGACGACCUUUUCGACCGAUUUGUGAUCAAAGUAAGAGACGGCAAAAGGUUAGCCCACCCGCAGGAGUACAGCGUCCGCGGGGACGAGCGCACCAAGGUUCUGACGGGACUUAUGGGGGGCACCGAGUACGAAAUCGAGCUCUACGGCGUCUCGUUGGACCAACGCUCCCAACCGAUAACGGGGGUCGCUCAGACAGGUCUGAGCACUCCAAAGGGGCUUCACUUCUCUGAGGUGACCGACUCCUCUGCCGUGGUUCACUGGUCCAUGCCUCGCUCUCCCGUCGAUAACUACCGAGUCACCUACAUCCCCUUUGAAGGAGGGAGCCCGAUGUCGCUGACCGUGGACGGCGGCGUGUUCGAGACUCUGCUGCCCAACAUGAUCCCCGGCAAAGUUUACCAAGUGAUCGUGAGCGCUGUGAAGGGUCUGGAGGAGAGCGACCCGAGCACCGACACCGUGACCACAGGUCUGGACAAACCUCAGGGUCUGAUCGCGGUUAACGUCACCGACACGUCAGCGCUGCUCCUGUGGCAGCCGUCUGUGGCCACAGUGGACGGCUACGUCAUUACUUACAGCGUUGACUCAGUGUCCCCCGUGGUGGAGCAUGUUUCCGGUAACAUCGUGGAGUUCGAGAUGGACUCACUGUUUCCAGGAACUCACUACACAGUCGGAGUUCAUGCGAUGAGAGAAGCUCAGAAGAGUGACUCAGCCGUUACUGACUUCACCACAGACGUGGACCCUCCUCGUGAUCUGACAGCCGUCAACAUUCAAACCGACAGCGCCACGCUCACCUGGAGACCCCCGCAGGCUGCAGUCACCGGUUACACGCUCACCUUCACCUCCGCUGAUGGAACCAUCAGGGAAGUGGUGCUCAGCGAGACGGCGUCCUCUUACAGCAUGGCUCAGCUGACUGGCUCCACCGAGUACAACGUCCGACUGCAGGCCAUCGCCGGAGCGCAGAGGAGUCGACACGUUAACACCAUCUUCACCACCAUCGGACAGCUGUACAGACGGCCCAAAGACUGCGCUCAGAUUCUGCUGAACGGAGAGAGGACCUCGGGUCUGUACACCAUCUACGUGGGCGGAGAGGAGACGCAGCCCAUCCAGGUCUACUGUGACAUGACCACGGAUGGCGGAGGAUGGCUGGUUUUGCUCCGACGCCAGAAUGGAAAGCUGGAAUUCUACAGGAACUGGAAGAACUACACGGCCGGCUUUGGAAACAUGAAUAAUGAGUUCUGGCUGGGUCUCUCCAACCUCCAUAAAAUCACAAACUCUGGACAUUACGAGCUGCGAGUGGACUUGAGGGAUAAAGGCGAAUCGGCCUACGCUCAGUACGACAAGUUGACGAUCGCAGAGCCGAGAACACGUUACAAAAUUUACAUCGGAGCGUACAGCGGGACAGCAGGUGACUCCAUGACGUACCACCAGGGGCGACCUUUCUCCACCUACGACAACGACAACGAUAUCGCCGUCACCAACUGCGCCCUGUCCUAUAAAGGCGCCUUCUGGUAUAAAAACUGCCAUCGGGUGAAUCUAAUGGGGAAAUAUGGGGACGACAGUCACAGUAAGGGGAUCAACUGGUUCCACUGGAAAGGCCACGAGCACUCGAUCGAAUUUGCAGAGAUGAAGAUCAGACCAGCCAACUUCAGGAAUUUUGAGAGCAGAAAAAAACGAUCAUAGACUCGUGAGCCCAUUCCCCCCCUCUCCUUUUACACCUCGACUCCACACACACACACACACACACACACACACACACACACACACACACACACACACACACACACACACACACACACACACGCUCCCUCAUCCUCCGAUCGUUCUCUAAAACACAAAGACAAUCACACGGAAUGUAAUUCAGUUCUGCUCGUUGCAUAAUGAACCCAUAACAUGACACCAAAGAUUUGAGUCAUGAGCCGUUAAAGCGUCUCAUCGUCCUGACCGGGUGCUGACGUCUGCGUGGUCAUGGAGACGGUCGUGCGAGGUGAAUGAAUGGUCAUAAAAUAAUAAUGUGUUUUUUUGGGACCAAACAUCUGAGAAUCAAAUGUCAAAUCAGGUCGGUGAAUCCAAUCGGUCUGCUCCACGUCAAAGGCACAUAGAGGCAUCACUUUCUGUUCACUUCCUCCGUCUUAAACGGAGCGUUUGAAGAGGAUGAAAGAAACACAUUUUAAAUAAAAUAAAAAAAAGAGCUCCAGGAAACAUCUUGUGUAUAUUUACUGUCCCAACAUCUGAUUGGUUGAACUGGGCUCUUAUUUAAAUUGUGCUUUACUUAUUUUGAUAGUAAAAAAAAAACGUCUGAAUGAUGCUCUGCAAACCUUCAAAUAAACACAGUUUGAUAAAAACAAAA